AUGAUCUCCAUGCCUCAAACUCUACAAAAGGAGAUAUUAGACCUAAUCGACCUGAUCGAAGGAUUAAGAAAUCUUCGACAGUCGGUGCAUAAACAUGACAUUCAUUCGCAUCGCUGUGCAAAGCAGGGGGACGAAUAUAACGAUUUAGACAUUUAUAUCCAGUACUCAAGAAUAAUAAAAGUCCAAUCCAACAUGAACAUCGUAUCACUCAUCCUCCUGGGGCUCGUACACCUGGCCAGAGACUCAGAGGAAGUCCAGAUAAAACCAAUGGAAACAAUCCCAGGUCUACUGUCUGACCCGUUCAAGAAAAUAUAUCUGAUACGAGAAGAAUGGCAAAUAGUUACCUCUAUCAACAUCGAGAAGCUGAUAAAUCUGUACCCAUAUGCAAAUCAAAGUAUAUGGGAAGCUUUUGGAAUAUGCGCAACAAAAUUCAAGCCUUCCAUCUGCUCGUCAUACACAAGAAUCAAUAGUCAUCAGGAAAUAGAAGCCGAAAUUGAACAAGCAAAACAUCGGCUGAGACAACAUCUUGAAGAUCCACAACUCGAAAAACUCGACAAAACCACCCGCAACAGGCGAGCUCCUUGGUUCGGCUCCAUAGGAACAAUCGCACGAAAACUAUUUGGGACCAUGGAUUAUAAAAGAAUCAGGGACCUAGUCCGAACUUCAGCAUACCUCCAACAAUCGGUAAGCAAACAACUAUCCGAUCUCGAAAGAGCCCAACUAUUCUCAAUGGCAGAAGACGAACACAUUUAUUUGAUGACCAAUUACUUAAGAACGCUCAACAACGCUGAAGAAGCAAUAGAGGAUGCAAAAUGA